GACACGGAGAGGACGGUGCGCUGGGUCUCCAGAGAGGCUGUCAGCUAUAAGUGUCUGUCAGCCACGGAUUACACAGAUAACGCCGCGUUAAUUCACGAGACUUGAGAUAUCCGCCCUGCUGUCGACGCUGCGCUGGAAUUAGCUGGACACGGACAAUGUCGGUACUAUGCGUGUAGAUUAUGUUUAAGGUCCCUCUUCAGAAGAUUUCCACGUUUCUACGGCGGACGCAGGCCAGUCUGUCCAUCUGGGGAUGGGGGGGUCUUGGAGUUGUGCUGUUCUUCGUGACAUUUGGACCGUUUGCCAUAUUCUACCUGGCCUUCUAUAUCUUUUGCUUCAUUGGAGGUGGCUUUGCAGUCACGUUACUAUAUGGAAAGAUAAACUCCGAGAAGCACCUGGAAAAAUGCGAGCACUCUUACUUGCCCCCCACACAAAUUGGUAUACACAAGACACUGGAUGACAUGAAACUGGAGGUAAAGCCAAUAAAGAUUGACAGGAGACUGACUGGAUCCAGUUUUAUUGAUGAGCCACUGCAACAGGUGAUCCAGUUUGCGCUGAGAGACUACAUCCAGUACUGGUAUUACACUCUGAGUGAAGAUGAGUCCUUUUUGCUGGAGAUUAGACAAACACUGCAGAACGCCCUCAUCCAGUUCUCCACACGGUCCAAAGAGGUCGACUGGCAGCCUUACUUCACCACCCGCCUGGUGGACGACUUCGCCACCCAUUUACGUGUCUUUAGGAAAGCCCAGGAUCGCCUCGCCGACAGAGAGGACAAGCAAAGAGACAUAACAGAUGAGCUGGUUGACUCAUUUUUUGAGGCUGAAGUGGAGAUGGAGAGAAAAAUUUGUAGAGACGUAGUUUGCACAUCCCACAAAGAUGAGGAAGGGUUUCUUCGAGACUUGUGCGAGUUGCUUCUGUACCUGUUACUACCUUCUGGAGAUUUCCACAACAAAAGCAUGAGAUAUUUCCUCAGGGAGGUGCUGGCAUACGGGGUGCUACUUCCUCUGAUCAACCAGCUGAGUGACCCGGACUAUAUUAACCAGUUUGUCAUCUGGAUGAUUCGGGACUCCAGCUGCAACUAUGAAGCCUUCAUGAACAUCUUGAAGCUGACAGACAAGCCUCCUGAGCUUGAAGCCGUUAAAGACAAGGUGCUGGAGGAGCUGCAGUAUCUCCGCUCCCUGGACACAGCUGGAGAUGACAUCAAUGUGAUCAAAAACCAGAUUAACAGUCUUCUGUUUGUGAAGAAGGUGUGUGAGACCAGGAUCCAGAGACUGCAGUCAGGAAAGGAGGUCGAUGCCUUGAAGCUGGCAGCCAGUUUUGGCAAGCUGUGCGUUAUCCCACUGGAUCACAUCCUCGUCCACAAUAUAGCUCUGCAGUUCUUCAUGGACUUCAUGCAGGCUGCAGGGGCUCAGGCUGAGCUGUUCUUCUGGCUCACUGUGGAGGGAUACAGGGUGACAGCCCAGCAGCAGCUGGAGGCCAUGCUGGGCUGGCAGAAAGAUGGCAAGAAGCAGCCAGGGGCCACAAAGGGGCUGCUGAAGGCAGCUGCCCUGGGCGUUUAUGAGCAGUACCUUUCUGACAAGGCGUCUCCCAGGGUGCAGGUGGACAAGGAGCUGGUAACCAAACUGGGGGAGAAGCUGCAGAAAGAAGAUCCCACGCCUGAUAUAUUUGACGAAGUUCAGAGAAAAGUGUAUGACAUGAUGCUACGUGACGAGCGCUUCUACCCGUCCUUCAAGCAGAGUCCCCUGUACGUCCGGAUGCUCGCAGAGCUGGACAUGCUGAAGGAGCCAAGCUACAGAGGAUCUGAUGAUGGGGAGUUGGAGUCUUUCAACGGCUCCCCUACAGGAAGCCUAAACCUGUCCCUGGAUGACCUGACCAACUCCUGCCACGAUGAAUUUCUGCAGCUCCACGCCUUCAUAUCUGACACGGCUGAUUCUUUUCUUCCUGGCUUCUGGGGUGCCACAGGGGUUUGCAACGAUCAUGGUAAGACCUACGCACUUUACGCCAUCACCGUGUUCAGACGCAACCCAGACGGCAGCGAGGACUGCUGGAAGACGUACCGCCGCUACUCGGACUUCCACGACUUCCACAUGCGAGUAACGGAGCAGUUUGAGAACCUGACGUCGAUCCUCAAGCUUCCAGGAAAGAAAACUUUCAACAAUAUGGACAGGGACUUCCUGGAGAAGAGAAAAAAAGACCUCAAUGCUUACCUUCAGUUGCUGCUAAACCCAGAGAUGGUGAAGGCCUGUCCAACUUUGAUUCCCUACGUCUUUGACUUCCUAGAGAACAAGGCCUACAGCAAGGGCAAAGGAGAGUUUGCACGAAAGAUAGACACAUUUGUGAAUCCCUUGCGGAGCUCCAUGAGGAACGUGUCCAACGCAGUCAAAUCUCUGCCGGACAGUCUGGCCGAGGGAAUGAAUAAAGUCUCUGACAACAUGGGCCGCAUGUCAGAAAGACUUGGUCAGGACCUCAAACAGAGCAUAUUCAAGGCGCCUCCACUUCUUCCAAAGUCCGACAUGGACCCAGAACACUGUCGAGUCUCUGCCCAGCUGGACGACAACGUGGAUGAUAACAUCCCUCUGCGAGUGAUGCUGCUGCUGAUGGACGAGGUGUUUGAUCUGAAAGAGAAAAACCAAUGGCUGCGCAGGAACAUUAAGAACCUGCUGCAGCAGCUCAUCAGAGCUACUUAUGGAGACACCAUCAACAGGAAAAUCGUAGAUCAUGUGGACUACAUGACCUCUCCAGAACAGGUGGCGGAUUAUGUGAAAAGAUUCAGGGAUUCCUACUGGCCUAAUGGGAUUCUUGCCGAGACUCCUCCGCGCCGGGACAAGUGCAUCCGCAUGAGGACCCGAGUAGCUGCCAAGACCAGCCUGCUGGGCAUCAUGCCAGAUGAGCUAAAGCACAUUAUCGGAGCGGACACCACGAGAAAGGGCAUCCUGCGCGUCUUCGACAUGUUUCAGUACCAACCCAUGAACCGGCGCCUGGUCUACGUGUUCCUGGAGGGCUUCCUGGAGACCAUGUUCCCUCAGUACAAGUUCCCCGAGCUGUUCGUCAAGCUGCACUCCCGAUCGCCGCGCAUCGGCAGAUACAGCCAGAAACUCAAAUGCUCCUCGCUGAAGAGGUGACAGGAAAGCACGGCGGCAUCAGGACAUGGGCCGACGACGGACACGCAGAGACUCCAGAGCUAGAAGCGAGGGUGCGAGCGAGCGAGCGUGAUAGGGAAGGGGGUGCGUUUACCUGCUCUCACACGCUCCUAUCGGGCAAAACACUCCUGACUGGUUCCACUGAGACAGAACCGAGGGAAGAGCAGCUCUGAAAGACGCGUUCUAACACAAAUUAUAUCAUUUGCACCAAGAGGCUGAACAUGACAGUCUUUAUUUUUUAGUUUCUAUAUAUUUUUUUUUCUCCUUUUUUGGACGUUUUACUUUAGUUGAGCUUUACGUUGGCCAGCCAACGCCGCUUUCCUGUGGUUCAGACGAGCAGACGAUGAAAUCCUGCGUUGUUUUUUAACAGGGCAGACCCCAAACCUUGCCUUACAUCCCCCACUUCAGUCCUCUAUGUUCUUGAGCCACAGAGCUGUAAUCAAACACACCGUCACGCAGCAGACACGCGAGCUGCAGACGUUAUCGCUGUUUCCACUGCAACCAAACAAAUGUCAGAAGCACUGGGUUGAAAGAGGCGCUGUCCUGCAAAUGUGAACAAACAGGAAUGGGUUGGAAGGUUUACUUGUUUUUUUUAUUUUUAUUUUAGUUUUUUCAAUCCUGCCACCAGUUUUCCUUCUGAUGGAUAGCCCACGUCCCCUUUAAUGCAACUGUCAUAACCUCUGGCAACCAAAGCUCAUGCUGUUUGCGUGUGUGUGUGUGUGCGCACUUUUUAUUGCAGAUCAUGCAACGAAACAUUUAACGAGCUAAAAAGUGAGGAGAAUGGAUGCCGUCUGCGUCGCAUUUUGGGUUGCGUAGGUUUUUUUUUUUGAGUGCGUGCGUGCGUGAGUGAGUUGAGCUGGAAGACGCUCCCCGUCUUCGAUCAGAAACUGUGCCAGUGUGAGCGAGUGAACCAGCCUUAAAUCUAUAUAAAUAUACGCGGUGUAUACUGACCAAGAGGUGCACGGCAGAGGGGGAGCUCUCCGUCACGCGAUCGGACUUUAUUAAGGAAAUCCAAAUGGAGAUAUUAUCCCUGAUCACUUUUAUUAUGAGAGAGAAAUCUUUUUGAUUUGGUGCAAUAUAUUUUUGUGGAAUGCAUGUGCAUUUUUGAUUCAUGGUGUACUGAAAAAUGGGUCAUUCGUAAUCUUUUAUCAGGAGAGAACAUCGGAGACGUCUUCUUAUCCCAACAACAUGACAUUCCGUUGUUGUAAAAUGUUUAUUUUACAGACUUGUUUUAUAAGUCUGAGUUUGUUUUUUUUUUUGUUUUUUUUUUAAAGUGUGCAGAAGGUAUUGUCCACAUAUCCCAUGCUCACUAUCACACAACGUCUGCGGUGGGUGUUGACAAAGUAGUGAUCAGUGGUCGAUCAGCUCCUGCUCUACAGCCAGUUCAGAGGUGGUCUCGAACAACCGCUUCUUUUUAACCUAAAGUGGUGUUCCGUGCGUACGAGUGUCGGAGAUUUUGUGACCUGCCUGCCUCCACUGCCUAUAGCGUGUCAAGCCCCCAUGAAAGGAAAAAAAAAAUAAUAAUCAGGUCCAGUGAAAUCACAGAAGAGACUGUGGCUAGUGGAUUCACUGCUAAUUAGCACUUACUGUAGCAACUGUGGGAGACCGGGGCCCCCGACUCCCACCACUGCUGUGAUUUGCUUACACCGCGCGGCCCCCGGUGGACUCUGAUUGGCUGAGCGAGGAGGACAUGAAAGCAUCUCUUUUUGGGAGGUGAUGUCACCUUUUAACUUUCUGCUCAGCUCUCCCUGCAGGAAGUGUUUUUUUUUUUGUUUUUUUUUACCCCAGUAUAUGAAUCUAUGAUGCAGAAAACGUGUGCAUAUCUGUGUACAUUAUGUGUUAAUAGUGUGCCUAAAUGUACUGUCAACUCUAUUUUCAUAUUUUUCUUUACCCAAGAAAAGAGAGUCAAUCAGAACGUCAUGAUCAUUUUAUGUGACUUAAAACGCUAUGGGAUUUAAGUUUUUUUUUUUGUUUUUUUUUGGGCAAUAUACUCAAACUUCUCCUGGUGAGCACUUGUGCUCAAGUCAGUAUAACACUAAUAAAAGGUAACUCAGACUAAAUGA